ACAAAGCAUAAAGGUAAGAAUUGCAGUUAACUUGAGCUUUGACUUGAGUCAGAUUUUUCCGGUUGCGUUUAUUUUACUUAUAUGUUUAUUUUACAUUACGCCGUGCACUUCGAUUCCUUAAACAAAAUGGACUUAUAUGGCCCAGAACUACCACCAGGAUAUAAAAGAUCUUGCUCUGAGGAUUCAAAUGACUCAGAUCUGUCAUCAACUAAAAAGACAAAUGAAUCAAAAAUUAUUGGACCACAGUGUCCAGAUUUUAUCUUACAAAAAAUGUCUCAUUCAACUGAGAACUCAGAUUCGUCAGUAACAAAUGAAGGACAAAUAUCUUCAAAUAUUAUAGGCCCAGAAUUACCUCCAUCAGUUCAGUGUGCAGAAUAUAAUGAUUAUUCAGAUGAUGAAUGCUAUGGACCUAUGCCUGCUGAAUUGAAAGAAGAUGUGAAUGAUGUGAUUACAACUAUUGAAAAGAGAGCUGUAAAUAUGAGGAACAAAUUGCAGAAUACGAAUGCAGCACAAACAGAAGAAAUAAAACGAGAAGAAUGGAUGAUUGUUCCAGAUACUUCCCGCCGAAAUCAGCUUGGUGCUAUUUCCAGGUGCUUGGCUCCAGGAUCACAGAAAACCUCUAGAAAAGAAAGUCAUUUCCAUAGGCAUUCUGAAGAAGAAAAAGAAAUUUCUAAAAAAUUGAAAAAAUACAAUAAAUCUAAACGUUCUGAGACAUUAUUAGAAAUGCAUCAGAAGAAAAAAAAGAAAAAAGAGAAGAAAUCAUCUGAAAAAAAGGAAAGGAAAGCUUUUGACAGAGAUGAGAUUGCAGUUCGUCAUUUCAGCAAGAAACAAGUGGACUCUGUUAUAGACAAAGCAAAGUACCUUAAUUCCCGAUUUGCACCUGGCAAUAAACAGUAUUUGUAACAUAAACAUUAAAUAUCAACAAUGUUG